CACACCGCUAAAGGUGCUGCUGCUGUCCAUGGAACGUCCUCCAGCAGUCGUCGUCACACGCAUGGCACAAACGCAAUUAAUCAAGCCAGCAUCUGAAGCUGCGCCGUACGGCACCUUUGUCCCCACGCUAGUAGUAGACAGCACUGUCGCCAGCACCAAGUGGGUCAUGGUCGCCAUACUAUCGAUGCUGUCGUGCUUGAAUCAAGCCAUUUGCUACACAUAUGCCCCAGUCUCGCAUUUUGCCGAACAAGGGUGGCACCACACGGUGACAUCUCCGAGAGAUGGUCAUGUUGAUGUGUAGAAGUUUCUCACUGGGUCGAUUGGUUGAUAGAUCACGUGCACGACGCUCAUCACAGUGUACUUUGUCGCAUACAUCCCGUUCGCGUUUAUCGGGUCUUGGAUCAUGGACCACCGAGGCCUUCGCUUUGGGGUUCUUUUGGGUGCGGGACUGCAAGCCGCUGGCGCGUCGUUGCGUGUCGUUGGUGACUGGAUCGACCCUUCGUACCAACUGUACUUCCUCUUUGGGGGUCAAAUGCUGGCUGCCGUUGCAAUGCCGUUUAUGGUAAACUCGCCGCCCAUGUUGUCUGCGCUGUGGUUUCCGCCGUCGCAACGGGCCAUGGCGACGUCUGUAGCCGUCAACUGCAACCAACUCGGCAUUGCCUUGGUGUACAUCUUGUGCCCAUUAGUGGUAACGUCUGUCACCGACAUCCCAAACUGGACCUUGCUGAUUGCCGCUCUUUCCAUCGCUGCAUUCGUGGUGACCAUCUUCUGGUUCAAAUCGUCUGCCAAGUUCCUCAACGUUGACGACGACGUGUCCUACGACUGGCACCAGUGGCUCAACGCGUUCCACCACGACGGGUUCUUCCUCACCGUGUUUGUCUUUGCCGUCGCGGAGACCGUCACGAACGUCCUGUCGUCGCUGCUCAACCACAUCCUCCGCGCCGAUGUCUUCACCAAGGCGCAAAAAGGGCUCAUUGGUGCUGCGUUCAUUGUCAGUGCCUUGGUUGGCGGUCAAGUUGUCAGCGGAUACAUCGAUGGCACACAGCUGCACAAAGUGGCGUUGGUCGUGUGUCUUGUCGUCACCGGCGUGAGCUUGGUGGCAUUUCACUUUGCUGCGUCAGCAGUGUUUUCCGGUCAAAUGUAUGUGACCAUGGCGUGCCUCAUGGUAGCGGGGCUGUUCCUUGGUCCUCUGCAGCCCAUCUCACUCGAGCUCGGGGUCGAGUGCGCUCACCCGACUACCGAAGCGACGGUCGCGGCCCUCCAGCAACUUUGCGGCAACUUCCUCUCGGCCGUGCUAGUCCCCGUCCUCGGCAGUAUCCAGCAUGCCGCGGAUGAAGUGCAUGCGCAGCAAGCCGCCGGUCACGAGGCGUCGUACUGGAUGGAAACUUUCAUCACACCCGAAGUCGUGUUGAGCGUGCUUGUGUUUAUCGUGGCGUCGGUCUUUUGCGGCUUCGGCGGCAAGUUCAAACGGUCGGCGCUGGAAGGCCAACAUGGGUUAUAAAAGUGUAUGCGAAUGGUCGCCAAUUCGACAGCAAGGCCCAAUUGAAGGCUCAAAUCCUACAAUCGUGGGCCAAGAGAGUACUUAUCAACCCUAGUUGAAGGUAUGCCUACAAGAAUGGCCCAAGUUAUCCUUUGUCGUGGACAAUCAAUUGAUAAAUAGAAGUUAUCCUUUGUCGUGGACAAUCAAUUGAU